AUGGCCCCCUCCUCCAAAUCGCCCGACCUCAAACCUCUGUUCCCCUCCUAUCUCCUUCCCGCAUUCAAGCUGCCCUUUACCCGCCGUCCUCGCCAGCCGAGCACAUCCAACACCUCCGACGUCCCCUCGCUCAGCAGCUCGCCAACGUCCUCCGCCCCAAGCUCAGCAGCCGGCUCGCCGCCCUCCUCGCUGCCCGAGCGCUUCGGCCCCAGCAACACCAUCAGCAGCAGCACGGCCGCCAGCAGCAGCACAGCGAGGCGCCUCUCCCGCACAAACCCCGACACCCUCCGCUGCUCCACCUGCGCCUCCGACAUUGCCUUUGCCGCCCAGAUCGUCAGCAAGGGCUUCGCCUUCCCGCCCUCGACCUCCUCAACGUCGGCGUCGGCCGCUCGGAGAACCGCCAGCUCGUUCACGGGCUGGCACGUCGUCGCCGACAUUACCUGCGCCGUGUGCCACGCCAGGCUCGGCUGGAAGUACGUAGACGCCCGCGAGGAGGCGCAGAAGUACAAGGUCGGCAAGUUCAUCCUCGAGACGGAGCGCGUCGUCGGCUUCCGACGCUGGGAGGACGUGCCUGACGAUGUCGACCUUGUCGUCGCGGACGGGCAGCUUGCGGAGCCUGCGUCCCGGCCUCGGUCCACGCGUGCUAAAGGCGACAACAACGAUGACGACGACGACGACGACGACGGGCAGAAGAAGGGCGUGAAUCCCGAUGACGUCGUUUUCGACUCGGACGAUGAGGAUGAGUGCGAGGAUAUCUUUGCCGGCACGUGGGAUCCUGUUGCUGUGGCUGAGAGGAGGGGCCGCAAGGCAUCCGCCGCCAAGUGA